ACGGGAAAGAUUGUGCGUUUAUCACAAGCGAAACGGUCAAAGGGUAGACAUCGCGAAUGAAGGCAGGCGUACGCGGAAUACGUGGAUUGUGCAAAUAGGGAACGGUAGUGUAUCUAAAACAUCAAAAUUGAAUAGUACAACGGUUAGAGCGUGUUGUGCAAUUUGUGUGCGCCCUUUUUGUUUGCCUGUGCUGUGUCGUGAACGGUGCAAUCGCAACAUACGCGAACGGUUAGUGGUGAGCAAUUUCCAUCAUUCCAGCACCCAUCGUUAUCGCUGUAAAAUAGUGCCGAUCCGUAUCGCGAGUGUGUUUUUCUGCCCGAUAUCUUUUGGUUCUGCGAACCGCCUGGGUGCUCUGCCUGUGUGUGCGGAUGGUAUAGCGUAACGGUGAUAAUCGAAGCAACAGUAACAAACCCCACCAACAACGGUGAUUAUCAUCGACGAAGCGGAAGGAAAGCUAGUUCCGUUCAGCUGCUGUGCCCCACCUUACGGCUGGUGGAUACUACACUCCAUUCUGCACACUCCAUUCUGUGUUAAUUAUUUUACCGAUACCAACAACGAUCAAUCUGUGACAGUAUUAUUUUAAAGUACACAUUUUCCAAUAGUGUUUAGUGUUAAGCAUAAAGUGCAAGUAGCAAAAAAAGAUUUCAUUUGUAAUAUUACAUCGAUCGGUUGUGAAUUGGGUGGCCAGCGGGCAGAGCGAAUUGUUCCAGCAAGAUAUCAUUCAUCCACAUCGUCCAAUUAGCGGAGAAGCAGCUUCUAUCUUCAAGCCAAACCUAUACUGCUGCUGCCCCGACCAUGGAUCCGUUGGAGCAGUCCCGCAUUUUUCUGGACCGCUUCAAAACAACCGUGAAUCCAGACGACCCACUUCCUGUCUGGGUGCCGAUUUACAACCUGAAGUACGACGAAAUUGAACCCGCAAUCAUCGAUUGGAUCAGAACGUAUUUGGAUCUGUUCGGAUGCCCCCAGUGCAUCUUGACGCCAAUAAUACGCAAAGUUGUGGAACAAGUGUUGAGCUAUUGCAAAGAAAAUCCCAAAUCGUGUGGUUUCACCGGCCAGGAGUAUAAACCGCUUCAGCUGAACCAAGAAGUGAUUUCACGCGUAAAUCAAGUCUGCACCGAACUGUUGGACAAUGAGAAAUUGAACAAUUUGCUCGCUCAGCUGACCGAGCGCAAUAGCUUGGGCGAGGAUCAACCCGAUUCGGUCGCUGAGAUUAGCCCUCCACGGAAGAUUCAUUUUUCGCGCGGAAUGAAACAUCGGCGACGCACGAUGGAGGAUCGCCACGUUUGCUUGCCCGAAUUUAACAAACUGUUCUGUACGAACGACACGGAACCGACCGCUUUUUACGGUGUGUACGAUGGGCACGGUGGACAGGAAGCGGCCAGCUUUGCUGCCUCCCAUCUGCACUAUUACAUUGCGCAGAGCGCGCACUAUCCGCACGACAUGCAACAAGCAUUUCGGGAAGCGUUUCUAAAGACUGAUAAAUUGUUUCUGGAGAAGUGUGAAAACCAUCAUCUCAACAGUGGUUCCACUGCCGUAGCUUGCGUACAUCACAUUAGUUCUAGACGCAUCGACCUAGCCUGGGUUGGUGACUCUCAAGCGAUACUCGUAACACGCAAUCCCGGCGAAAGGAUUUGCAAACGGCUUGUCCAUCCCGUCCAUGUAGCAUCCGAUCCGAACGAACGACAGCGUAUUCAGGAGGAAGGCGGAUGCGUUAUUCCUUGGAACGGUCAAUAUCGAGUUAGUGGACAGCUGGCUAUAACACGAGCCAUUGGUAAUCGAUAUUACAAACCAUAUGUGACGUCAAAUCCAGCUAUUUCGCUGAACCAGUGUACGGAGGAUGAUCUUUUGCUUAUACUAGCUAGCGAUGGGCUAUGGGAAGGAUGCAGUGAAUUUUUGACCUCCAUGUUUGUGCUUUACGCGAUUCGAAAGUUUCCAGAUGAUCCACAGAAAGUAACUGAUUAUUUAAUAACCUUUGCCAAGGAUAAAACUAGAGACAAUAUUACGGUGAUAAUAGUGUUCCUGAAAGAUCCACAAACCAUCAUCAAGGAAACUCCCUUUAUCGAAGAAAUAGAGACUAACGCUAAACUACGAGCCAGCCAAAAAAUGGAGAUUAACGGUGCCGCCAGUAAUGGUUUUCUAGGAGAGAAUAACGCACUCAGCAUGGAAGAUCAUAAAACGUUCGACGACAUACAAAACUUUAUGGCUGAAAGUGUUAUGCUGGAACCAAAGUCUGCCUCUGCCCUAUGUGUCGGUCCGAUGGAUGAUAUGGGCUUCCUAUCAGAUGGUGGCCUCGGACCAGAGACGGACGUUGACGGUGUGCACGACAGCAAACAGCAAUCGCCUAGUCCACUGUUAGAGGAGGCAGUCAAAUCGUCGGACCUCGAUAAUGGUGACAUCGAGCAUGAGAUCGCGAAUAUAGAAAGCGUAGAACAACAUACCAUGGACCAUCACAAUCCAUUCGCGCAAUCGCUAAAUGCGCCACUAGAUUUACCCAGCGAUGUGGCCGUAUCGAGUACCAAUGACUUUGAAGAGGAAGACCCUACAUCACCAUCGAGCGUCAGCGCUGCCGAUCCGGUUGAGCUGUCCGAGGAGCAUCUGGGUGACGCAAUGCCGCACGUAAACGGUAACGGCGAACAUCACUAUGAUGAGCCCAACGAAACCGAGGACGAGCUGCUGGGUGCAACGGAAAAUGAAGCUGCAGAAAUCGUUCCCACCUUGAAGGCAGAACUAAACGCAGAUGAAAUAGUUCCACUCAAAUCGAUUGACGAACCGAUCGUUAACGAUCUGCUGGGUGGUGAUUCAAUCGUCGAUAACAAACUGAUCGAUCAGCUCGAUUCGUUCGGCAUUCCGGAGGCGAUUCGAAGACAGCUGAUCGAGCAGCAGCAGGUUAGCGGUGCGGCAAUGUUGCACGAACAGGACGAAGAUGAUGAUGACGGUCAACUCAUAACGGAGGAGAAGCAUUCCGAUUUCGCUGAAACGGAUGACGGCGCUGAGAAGGAGGAUCUGCACCAUGAAAAGGUUUUCGACAGCGAUUAUGCUACUGAUCAUCGCGGUGCAGACGUCAAACAGGAUGAUGAUGCCGGUUGCUGUGAAGAUUCCGAAGAAGACGAAUGGGACUACGUGAAGGUGAAUAACCAACAACAGCAACAGGAACAAGAAUCGCAACCAGCGCAUGAAAAGCUGCCGGAAAGCACACCUUCGGAAGAAAUUACGCAUACGUUUGAGCACAGCAACAGUUUCGCACCCGACCAAAGCGACCAGCUUCUGCAGGAAAGCGACACACAGCGAGUGCAGGAACUAGAACAACACUUCGAACGAGAGGCGAAUUACAAGCAGGAAGUGGAAGCACCAACGCUGUCACGCGAAGAGGAGGCAUCGAAGGAGGAUCGUGAAGUGGUGGAAUAUCACGACGAAACGACGGCUGUGCCGAAUACCAGUGAAUUGGUGGUGGCGGAUAUUCUUGGCGACAACACGGAAUCGACCGUGUCGGAGUGUACGAAAGAAGUUGAUGAUGUCAUCAGUGGUGUUGAAACCAAGGAAGUUGUCAAUUUGCUGAACGAUUUCAAAGAGGACGUUUCAUUGCCUACUACAACGGACCAAUUGUUUGAAACCAAUUGCCUAAACGAAGAAAACAUUGAACCAGCAGCACCUUACGUUCCCAGUGAUAGCGUGAACAUGGAGGCUAGCAUGUACGGUGGAUCAGUUGCCGAGCAACAACCACUUUCGCCGGAAUCUCCGAUCGACAAUUUCCCGGCACAACAACAGCAGCAGCAGCAGCAACAAUAUAUCCACGAGAAGGAUCUAUUCGGUUCUGAUAUGGACGAUACAAUGAGUCCGACUGCCGAUGGUGAAGAUUUAAAAGAGAAGCACCUGUACGAAACCGAAGAAAAAUCGAUGAACGUGCAGCAGCAGGAUGGUGGCGGCAGUGGAGACUAUGGUUGGCAGUUGAAUCCGGAUGCAAAGGAAUUUGUCCCGGUAACCGGAUCGAUUGCUGGUGAGAUGAAUGCAAAGCUGCACGAAAACAUCAAACUGCGCGAUGACGCAAUCGUUUCACAAAGUCCCCGCAAGGGUACGAUGUCGUCGAUGGAAGAUCUGGACGUUCCGGCCGAAACGGUGUUCCAAACGGAGAUGGACAAGCGGCCCCAUGAGUUUGAAGUGUACGGAGAAGACAAUGGAGAAAACACUGCCGAUGACAGUGCCGGUGAGCCUCAUUUACGAUCGCCGAUGGCGGUACAUCCGUUCGAUCUAACCCAAUUCAGUGAGCAAACGGUUGUGGAGCAAAUACAAUCUUCAAACAUUGCUGACAUAACGAAUGGUGAAUACGUUUCGCAUGACAGUGCUGACGAUGUUCUACACACCGGUGCCAAUUCAAACGGCGCACAGUACGCAACGGAUGAGAUGGAAUUGUUAAACAAGGUGCAGGAACUUCCCAUGACCGACGAAGAGCCGUUGAACGAAGUCGACCCAGAAGCUGCUCAUACAAACGGUAGCGCUAAGGAAGAACUUUACGUGGAGCACAAAGAUACAAUGGAUGUUUCGGGUGGCGCUGCGGAGGUGGACGACAUGAUGUAUCACGGCUAUACCAAUCCAAUUCCCUCGGAUGAGGUGCCGAAAAGUAUGGUCUCGGAUAUAUCGCAAAGUCCAGAAUUCAAGAUGCUGCAAUCUUCGAUUGAGCAUUUAACUUCGGCGAAGAGCUCGGAAAGCAAUUUUGACGGCCAGGAGGAACAUGAAUCAACGAAUUUAUACAAAGAAUCAUCUGCUUUGCAAGCAUCCGUUUAUGAUCCGGAGCCGGAGCUUGUUUCCAUUCAAGCUCCAACAGCUGUUGAGCAACUAGCUAGCAACGAACAAGCGCUGCAGGCAUCGCAAGGUUGUGCUGAUCUUUUGGGCAUGUCUGAGCCAGUGGUAGAUCCUCUACCGUCUGUACCAACAACAACCGUCACAGAGGAGAAACGUGAUGAAGUCGUAGAAACGAAGGUAGCGGAAGUGGAAAAAGCUUCUGAAGAUGUUGCAGCUACUGUCGCUGCAGCCACGGUUGCCACAGUGGCAGUAGCAGCAGCAGCAGUCACGGCUACUGUAACAAGCAAGUCUACUAAGCCAAAGGCAUCGACAACGGCUCCUGCGACCAAGAAACCAACUUCUAGUGUAUCCGCAAAACCAUCCUCUGCUGCGUCCAAAGACAGUGCUACCAAGACCGCUUCUCGUGUUGGUAGCAGCAGUAGCACAGUUGGAGCAGCACGUAAAACGCCAGUCGGUGUUACCGAUGCUAAGAAAGCAGCUACGACGACCACGGCAGCAAAGACGACCGCAACAUCAGCGGCAAUGAAUGGUGUAAAGGAACGACCCGCAAGUGCUGCAUCCAGCAAACCAUCGUUGGCAGCCAAGAAACCGAUCGGCGAUGCGGCAAAAACUGCCACAUCAAAGACAACGUCCGCGACUUCGUCGGUAGCGGCCGCCCGAACAAAGGUGACUUCCGCCACUUCAUCCAGCACAACGAAAACGGCCAGUGCAAGUUCGGCUACCAGAACUGCCGCAUCUAAAUCGGUUACAUCCUCAAGCACCACCACCAGUGCCGCAACAGGAAAAACAAACUCCCGUCUGUCGACCACUGCAACGACACGCACAGUCACCUCGCGACCCUCGAGCGCCGUAUCGAGUGCCUCAGUUCCUUCGAAAACGACAACCACAACGACCACCACUGCAAAGCGAACCGUCGCCGCAAAGAGUUCACUAACCAACGGUACUACCACGACUGAUGGAACGUCCACAAAAUCCACCAAGACAACCACCACCACCACAGGUAGCACAGCUCCGCGGACGGGAACUACCGCCACCAGAAGUUUGGCAGCCAAACCGACCAGCACCACAGUAGCCGCAAAGAAAGCGCUGGACGUUAAAACUACGGCAGCGACGAAGACAUCGUCCACCACCGCAUCGGCGACAGGUAAAACGACAACAAUGCGCACCUCACUGGCUCCUACCAAAGCCACUGCAACCUCACCGACGGUUCGAAAGCUCCAGCAAAAUGGUGUACCGGCGAAGAAAUCCACUACCGCCGUUUCGCCAGCGCCCGGUGUAAAGAAACCGGCACCGAUUCAGAAGCCACAGCCACCGAAAGUGCCGGCUCCCUCCGAACAGCAGGCGCCCGAAACAACGACGGCGGUCAUCGCCGAAACGAACGGUACUGGCAAUAAUGAAUCGGUGGACGUCGUACAAGCUUCCUCUCCGCCGGAACAACAACCCGCUGACCAAUUGCUCGUACCAAUACCGCAAGCAAUGUGAUGUCACUAAGUGCGAAGGAAGCGCGACUCUCUGCGAUUGAAAAGGGAGUAUAGUUAUUCGAUGGUCGUUUAAAAACCCAUAAACGCAUAUUCCUAUUGUUUAACCGUGUUUAAGUUUAGUGAGGAUGGCACGUUUAAAGAGCAAAACAUUUGAUGAGAAGCAGAAGCAAAACCAAUCUCUGGCAAUUUUAUAUUAUCAUCACCAAAAACAAGGGGACAAAAGGAAACAAAAACACAUACACUACUCUUAAAUUAUCCACAUCAAGGAAACCAUUAUUGUCGAGCAAAUAUCGUACUUUACAAAAGAAGAUAAAAAGAAGCUUAAAACCCUGCAUGAGAAGACGAACUUUUGGGUAGAUGCAUAUUUAAGUCCUGUUCUCACAUCGUAAUGCACCCCAAUUUUUCAGUUUUGAAUAAUCAUUUAGACACAUUCAUGUACCAGCACAGCAAAUAAGCAUCCCUUGACCUAUUGACCAAUGGUAAAUACAUUCGUUGCACACUACCAAUCAUUGGCAUUGGAUGGUUUUGCAACGUGUGUGGAAAUGUGUGCAACGUGUGUGGAAAUGUGUGGGCCAGUGAUAUAUUCACGAGACGAAGAUAAAAAACCGUAGAAAUCGCUACAAAUCGAACAAUGCAUGCAAACCAAGGGAUAGAAAUCGAAUCGGCGGUUCGAAACGAAAAGCAGAAAGCUCUAGCAAGCAACGAUAACACACAUCUCCGAAGUUCCCUUCGAUAUAAUUAUUUAGCCACUACUACUGGAUUAGCGAAUAGGGUGUGUAUCUUUUUUUUAUGCCAAGCAUGAUGAUUAGUAGGUUAUAUAUUACGUUUCAAUCCUUGUGCGAUGCCCGUCACGGGAACGCUUUUUCUUCGCUAUGACAUGCGUGCAAAGUGGUGGGAGAGUGAGAAAGGAAACGGAAGGAGGCAAGUGAAGCCAAGCGGGGCACAUCAACAAUAUUCAGUUAGCUGUGUGCAGGCGCCCUGCGUACAUUAAUCUCUAGCAAUAACAUGUGUCACACAAACACAGAUACAGUAUCGAAAAUGAAAAUGCGUGGAAAACAGUAUGUAGUAAAGGCGGUAACGGCGGAGAGUAGACUCGUCCAUGCAUCAAAAGUGGAGACGAUCAUUGGCAAACAUUUAAUCGCAAUUCCUUUUCGCUCUACGCUUGCUUUUUUUGGUGUCUUUGUAGGCUCUGCUACACUAUAGUUUGGUUUUUUGUUUUUAGUUUAUCCAUCUUUUUAAUCUCUGUUCUCGUGUGCAGUAUGUAGCUUUUCUUCGUUGUUUUUGUUUCAGCAAAAAAAAUGUUUUAUAUAGCUCAGCGGCCGUUAUAUGGCCUACUUCUCGUGUUCUGUGUAAACUUGUUUUGUUACUAUUCAUCCAUUUUUUUUUGCGCGCGCCACUCUCUCGUUCUCGCCCUCGCCUAUCUUUUGCCUUUUGAUUAUCGCUUUAAACCGAAUAUGGUAACGUUUAUUAAUAAUUGGUAGGAAAAAUAAAACAAAAGUUUGUGAACGAUGUUGAAGGGAUAGUACAGCAAAUUGUGAAAGUGUUUGUGCACAAACCAACAAGCGGAUAGGGGCCAGAGCCUAGUAAUGUGCGCUAGCAUAACUAACGCGUCCGCCGCGUGGAGCCGUGAAAAUGAUCGAAUAUUUUAACCCAGCAAAUUCCCAUAGCGUUUAGUAGUGUUUAAAUUGAAUAGCGCCCCGUAACCCGUUUACUGUCAGUAGCCUCUGUCCCAUUGUGGGUAUCGUAAAUAGUAGACACACACUAUAAUAUACACACAAAAUGAAAGGAUAAUUUAACGUGUUUUGCUCCCGAUAAAUUCCCGGGCAAGGUGUGUCUGUGCGUGUGCACAAGGCGACAUUAUUCUGUAGCCUUUGGAAAGUAGCGUAUUUUGUUCAAUUUUGGAGCUUAAUUCACAAAAGCAAGGAUAGCAAAAAUAACGCAAAACUGAACUGAAAUGAAAGUAAUUCUAACACUAAAGGACAGGAAACAGUGCAGUAGAAUUGAAAUACAGAAAGGCAGUAGAAUCUGGUGAAGAGAAUGUACGCAACACCUACUCUAGCGCAUAUAAAUGGAAUUACUACUACUACUAUUACUACUACUACUACUACUACUCGAAAUGGUGAAACGUAACCUAAUAAGAAUAUAUCCUUAAAGCGUAAACAACGUUCGGAACAGAUGAGAUAAUCAAAAGAAUGAACAUUUACAUCAUACUCUAUUAUACAUGCAAUGUGGAGGAAGAACCGGCGAAAACAAGAAGUAAAAACACACCCAUAAACACCAGCAUAAGAAAAAUUGAAACGAAUUUCGCGAUGGAUGAAUGUGUGCUGUCCGUAAUACUAUUUCAAACAAGAAGCAGCUGCACUAGCAACAACAGAAUACGAACAAAAGCAAAAGGACAAGCACAUAUAAACAACAACGGUGAAACAAGUGAGGAAAAAUCUCCACACACACAUCCCACAUAACGGGGAGAAACGUCGAAACCGACUAGUGGUUCGAUAUUUUCCCGUUGUUUGUGUGUGUGCGAUCAAAUACACACUAUUUCAUAAUAUUUUAUAUAUUUAUAACACAAUUUGUAUCUGUUUAACCGAUUGCGCAAUUAAAAAGGCAAAAUAAAAGGAUAGAAAAAAAAACCAAA